AGUAAGGUUGCGUCUAUUCUGUUCUUGUUGUGUUCAUAUUCUCUUUCUGUUAUUGCACCGAUUUACUGAAAGUGUUAUAGUAGCGAUUACUCUUAGUGUCGGACUUACUCUUCGAGUUUUUGUGCAGUCAUAAAACCGUCGCGACAAUUUGAUAAAAAGGUGAAACUGUCCAACUUAAUGGCGGAGCUACAUUCAAGCAUGGAUGAAAUCAACGACAUGUUACGCCAAGGUGUCAAUAUCAAUUGCGUAAAUAAAGAAGGGUUGACGCCACUUCUCCAACUGACAAAGAGAGGCCAUUCCAGGAAAGAUUUGAUGGAUGCGAUCCGACUCUUGUUGAAUCAAGAAGGAAUAGACGUGAAUUGCAAGGAUCAAGAAGGAUGGAAUGCCCUGUUUUAUUUGUGUCGGCUCUGUCACCAGAACAACCUCGUUGAUAUCGUCAGAUUGUUAAUACAACACGGAAUCGACGUUACCUGGAAGAAUGAAUUUGGCCAAAAUGCUUUGUUAGUUUUGUGCAUGCAUUAUCCAAAUGAGAACUUGAUAGAUAUUGCUAGCCUUUUGAUUGACAACGCCAUCGAUGUUAACUGUAGAAAUCAAGUCGGAUGGAAUGCUCUCCAUGGCUUGUGUAAAAAUUACAAGAAUAAUAACUUAAUUGAUAUUGUUCGACUCCUGAUUGAGGCCGGAAUCGAUAUCAAUUGUAAAAACGAGGAAGGGUGGAAUGCUUUACAUUGCUUGUGUAAAAAUUACAAGAAUGUUAACUUAAUUGAUAUUGUUCGACUUCUGAUUGCGGCUGGCAUUGAUAUCAACUGCUCCAACAACGGCGGAUGGAACGCCCUCCAUAUUUUGUGUGGGAAUUAUGAGGAAGAAAAUCUGAUUGGCGUGGUUCAGCUAUUCAUCGACAAUGGGAUCGACGUCAACUGUAGAACCGAAGACGGGUGGAAUGCCCUACAUAGCUUGUGUAAAACAUGUAAGAAUCUUAACUUUAUUAACGUUGUUCGAAUUUUGAUUGAGGCUGGCAUUGAUAUCAACUGCUCCAACAACGGCGGAUGGAACGCCCUCCAAAUUCUAUGUGGAAAUUACGCAGAAGAAAAUCUGAUUAACGCCGUUCAGCUUUUCAUCGACAAUGGGAUCGACGUCAAAUGCAGAACCAAAGACGGAUGGAAUGCUCUCCAUGGCUUGUGUAAAAAUUACAAGAAUAUUAACAUCAUUGACUUAAUUCGGCUUCUGAUUGAGGCUGGAAUUGAUAUCAACUGCAGAAACCAACGCGGAUGGAACGCCCUCCAUAUUUUGUGCGCAAAUUACGCGGAAGAAAAUCUGACUGACGUAGUUCUGUUUUUUAUCGACAACGGAAUCAAAAUCAACGGAAAAAUCUACGGACAUAGCGGCUGGAAUGCUCUUCAUAUUCUGUGUAGGUACAAUUCAAGCAUCAAACUGAUCGACACACUGCGACUGUUGAUUCGAGCUGGGAUUGACGUGAAUUGCCAGUCAAAAGCAUCUAGUCCUCAAUUACUUAUUCGACAAAAUUACAAACAAGAAAACAUGGAAGAAAUUAUUGCGCUUCUUAACAGUAGAAGUUAACCUAUGUAAAAUCAUAUUGUUUGAGCGCGUUUGUUAAAUCUGCAGUCUAAAGAACAUUUGCGAUUCCAACCGGAAAAGCAAUUCAUUCUUUUGUCAAGAGAAAUCCCUUUGUUAGUUCUUGCAUAAUGUAAUCCCGCUAUUAAUGCAGAAAACUUUUAAGAAUUGCUUUGAGAAUUAAACAGAAUACAGAAUAUUAAA